AGAAAAUGACUUGCAUAAGGAGGUUGCCACAGGAAACCUCACCCUUGCUGAGUCUGCCGUUGUGAACAGGAACCAACUGGCUUCUGUUUCCCUUAAGAUAGGCUUGACCAGUUACUUACUAGCAGUUGAACGUAUAUGUUUUAUGCUUAGUAAGGAGUUGUAUGUUAUCUCUUCCUACAUGUGUCUGUGACGCAAACAUGCUUGAGUAUAAAUAAAGCUGACUGCAAAGCCUCGGUGUGAGUAUCACCCGAUCACUCACCCGUGCGCACGUAGUUCUCUGAACAAAACUCUGACUGUUUUUGUAUUCCUUCAAUGUGUUUUAUAAUGUCUUACCACUGACAAUCACUAAUAAUAAAGCCGCUCUGUUACUUUACUUUAACAUUACAUUAUUAGUUCUCUUCAAUACACUUCCUUUUAAUUCUAGGUGCUACUUCCAUCAAUCAAGUCUACCAUGUUAAUUUUCAUCAGUAACUUCAUGCCAGGGGGUCUUCCAUCCAUCAAAAAUUAUUGUUAUCCUCAUACCAGGAUGAAAAGGCUCGGCUCCUUCUCACUUAUGUGUGGCCACGAUACACUUGUUCUUUUCUGUCUGCCUGGCUCUCCUGGAAAUAACCCUCAUCACCAACCUGCUGUGUGGUUCUGCUGACCCCUCUCCUGCCCCUCGCUGGAUCCCAGUCCUUAUUCUGCAGUUUCUGGGAUUUCUUGUUUGGAUGACACAAAUGAAUAAGAAACCACGAGCUUCAGUGCUGCCAGCUGAAAGUCAUGUCUUCUAAGCGUCUAUACAUCGUCAUCUCUCUGCUCAUGCAUGUGUUGGUGCAGUUGACUGGACCUGUUUACUUUGUCAGCACAACACGAACUGACAGUUAGCUACUUUUAUAACAGUUCAGGGAAGAGGAAACAUGAGGCACUAGAUCCCAAAGGUCUUUCAUGGAUUGCUUAAAAGCAGCUCAGUACAGCUCCACCAUGCUGCACUGCUCUAAUCCCAAUACACCUUCAAUGCUGGAGGCUCUUUCGCCAGUCUUCAACCUGAAAGCUAUUCGACCCGUGGUGAACAUAACAACAGUCACGAACGUUGGCCUUUUCUUAACUGUGUUUGGCAUUAUGGGAGUGGAUGAGAAAGACCAGCUCCUCACAACAUUUCUCUGGCAAGAUGUUGAAUGGGAAAAUGAAUUUACCAAAUGGGACCCAGAAGAGUGCGGAACAAGCCGGAUUUCUGUUCCAAGAACAAACCUGUGGGUACCAGACAUUAUAAUCAAUGAAAUCAUGGAUGAAAACACAGCUCCAAAGGUGCCAUAUACCUACCUGCUUUCUGAUGGUACUGUGAGUGAUUCACAACCUAUCAAAGCCAUCACCUCCUGCAGGCUUGACAUCUACUUGUUUCCAUUUGACAUUCAGAACUGCACUUUAUCAUUCAACUCAUUCACACUCAGCAGUAAUGAUCUGCAGCUUCAUCUGGCAGGGACGCCAGAGAGGAUGUUUGAAUACUCUAAAUCAAUGAUGGCAACUAUGGGUGAAUGGGAACUAAUUGGAAUUGCAGUAAAGAAAUACACACUGCCAUCUACAGCCUCAGGCUUUGAUGAUAUAAUUCACUUCUAUAUCUCAUUGCGGCGCCAGCCCAUGAUAUACGUAGUGAACCUCCUGCUCCCCAGCUGCUUCCUCAUCACUGUGGACCUCUUCAGCUUCAUCUUGCCUCCCAAUACUGUUGACAGGUCUGUGUUCAAGAUGACGCUGAUCCUGGGCUACACAGUCUUCCUGCUCAUAAUGAAUGACCUGCUGCCCAUCACUGAAAAUAACUUGCCUCUCAUAAAUGUUUUCCUGUCUAUGUGCCUGGCUAUGAUGGUGGCCAGUCUACUAGAAACUAUUGUCAUUACAAACUUCCUCUGCGGUUCCUCAAACUAUUCUCGAGCUCCUCGUUGGAUCAGAGUGCUUGUUCUUAAAAUCCUGGGUCGACUAGUAUGCCUUCGUCCAAAACCCAGAGAUCAGAACGACACAGUGAUCCAAAAUCCAGUCCCACAAGUCUCCUCUCCAGUGACAGAGGAAUACAAGACUCUGGAGCAGAAGGGGCCACUGAGCGAGGACAAAACCCUGCUAGAGCUGAGGAGCCUGGGCAGAGUCCUCCAGGCCAUCCGCCUUCAGAUGGAGCAGCAUCUGAGCAAAACCCAGAGCACAGAGGAAUGGAUCCAGAUAGGUUUAAUCAUAGACCGCCUGCUGUUCAUCCUUUACAUCAUCUUCAUAACAGUCAGCUUCAUUACCAUCAUCAUUAUCUGGGUGAUUUCAUACAAUGCAGCCUAAUUUAACUUUUUAGCUUGUCUGUUCUUUAAACUCUUUGUAUUCAUUUUUGUAAAUGCAUUUAACACCACAGACUGAAAUUCUUUACCUUAACAAUAAUUCAAUACAUGUUUUGUCAUUUUAGUGCGGCAAUUAUGUAAACAAAUAAAUAACAGAGCCCUGUUUUCUG